UAACAGAGAACAGAGACUGGAAGAACCAGGCGAGAACCCAACCGUUCCACAGCCAGCAGGGAACCGGUACCGGUUCCUGUGGCCGCCCCGACAUGGAUCCGAACACAGCCCGUCGGUCCCCGGUAGAAGACGGGGAGCUGGAAGACGGAGAAAUCUGCGACGAUGAGGUCGAGGAGAGCGUUCCCGUCCGGCUGGGGGAUGGGAGGAGGCCCCGCGGCAGAGUCCGAGUCCGGCGGAGAAAUCCGCACCAACAUCCGCACAACCUGCGGCCGCUGCUGGGCCUCCGCCCGCCGGACUUUCGCCUCCUGAUGCCCUACAACCCCGGCCCUCACCUCCACGGCCCGUUCCCCCCGAACCUCAGGCAGCAGUGCGAGCCGAACCUCUCCGACCGGCCUCCCGCUCCGCCGGCUCCGCUCGGGAUGCCCAUGCCCCCGGCUCCGGUGCUACACGGUGAGCCGAACCCGCGGUCCAAUUUCUGGGAGCGGAGCCACGGAGCCCUGGGACGGUUCAGGCACCGGGUUCCGAACGGUGGACGCGGGUCCUGGUCCCGAGGUGCCCUGGGGGGUAACAACAAUAAUCUCCCGGGUCGGUUCGGACCGCCUGGACCUGGACCCGGACCCGGACCCGGGGACAUGCACUGCUCCCCAGCGAAGAAAAAGAAGCAGCCGGGGAGGAUCUGGGUCAGGAAACCUCCUCCCAGACCCGAGACCAGCGUGGACGAGAGCUUCGAGGACCUGCUGUUCAAGUACCAGCAGAUCCAGCUGGAGCUGGAGUGCAUCCGCAAGGCCGAGACCAUGGCGCUGGAGCCGGCGGCGUCCCCCGUCGCCGAGGACCCCGCCGCCGCCGCCGCUGCCCCGGCAGAAACCAGACUGGCACCAGAACUGGAUCUGGUGGGCGAGGAGCAGCUGGAGAAGGAUAAGAAAGUAUUUCAGGCCUUCAACAUCAAACCGCUGCGUCAGAAGCUGCCCACCCCGGCUGAGCUGGACGAGCUGCACAGGAAGUGGACGGGACAGGACGCGGGAGGCGGGGCCGACGGUGCAGAACCAGGAAGUUCGGAGGCUGCCCUGCCCGAAGGAGACGCCGCCGUGGAGGAGACGCCGCCACCGCCGGCGUCCUGCAGCGACGAAACCAGCCGAGACGAGAAGCUGAACGUCGAGCCCUGCGUCAGCGAAUCGUCCGCCUCCAGCGAGGAGUCGACCGUCUCACCUGACAAGCCUGUGGAGAAGAUGGAGGAGGAGGAGCUGUCUGAGCUGCAGCUCCGCCUCCUGGCGCUGCAGUCAGCCAGUAAGAAGUGGCAGCAGAAGGAGCAGCAGGUGAUGAAGAGGAGCAAAGACCGGAUCGUUAAAACCUUGCAGGACAGAACCUCCGGUUCUGGAGCUGCUCCCAUCGACAGGCAGAGGGUCACCACCAGGUCCGCCUCCUCCGCUGCCGCCGCCGCCGCCGCCGCUGCUGUUGCUGCUGCGGACCGGAGCAGGACCAGGUCCAAACCUGCAGACCGGGACCGGAACAGAAUAACUGAGAGGGAAAAACCCAAACAGAGUCCUAAACCUGGUCCCAGAGUCCUGCCUGACCGGGCCCGAACACCAGCGAAGCUUCGCAGCUCCAAAAACCUGACCAGUGCAGGCUCGGCGGCGAAGCAGGCAUUCAGGAAGCAGCGGCUGCGCACCUGGAAGGUGCAGCAGCUCAGGAAGCAGGAGGAGGACGAGCGCCGCAAACGCGAGGACGAGAUCCGCCGCAUCCGCGACCUGUCCAAUCAGGACGAGCAGUACAACCGCUUCAUGAAGCUGGUGGGCGGGAGGAGGACGCGCAGCAGGUCCAGGGACCAGGACCACAGGAAGUCUGCGGGCAAACCGGGUCUGGACGCCUCGGGGAACCUCUACCAGUACGACAACUACGAUGAGGUCGCCAUGGAUACGGACAGCGAGACCGGCUCGCCAGCACCAUCACCGAGGCAGAACCAGUCAACAGAUGAGAUGGGAUGUUUCCCCCUGCUGGGCCCGUACGGAGUGGAUUUCUCGCAGCCCUUCCUCCCCCCCACCGUGGUGUCCGGUGGUCCCCCCCCGCCCCCUCCUCUUCCUCCUCCACCAGAUGAGCUGGAGCCCCCCCCGAAGCCCCCGUUUGCUGAUGAAGAGGAGGAGGAGGAGAUGCUGCUCAGGGAGACGUGUCUCAUGUCGAUGGCCAACAAGAGGGUGGCGGCCUCUGAGAAGAGCUCCAGUGGUCCCCCGUCUCCAACAUGUCCCCCUCCUGCAGAAGUCCAGCCCCCGCCCAGAGGCAACCUGAGCACGGUCAGCCUGAACAUGGUCCCUCAGAGCCGGAGCAGCAGGUUCAGCAGAACCCAUCAGGCUGCCCGAGGUCCACUGGUGCUGCCUCGGCACAAGGCGGUGGUUGUUUCUCUCAGAGACUCAGACGACAGCGACUCGGACCUGGACGCCUGCAGCUCGUCUCAGACGGUCUUCGGGGGUCUGGAGUUCAUGAUCAAAGAGGCCCGGCGGACGGUGGAGGCAGCGAAGCCGAAAGUGGCGUCCGUUUCCGAGAAGGAGAACAACCCGGUCAGAACUCCAGAAGCUCUUCCUGAGUCCAAGAAGGCCGAGUACCGCCUGCUGAAGGAGGAGAUCUCCAGCAGGGAGAAGCAGAGGAUGCUGAAGGACCACAGCUCUGCAGCCGCACCAGAACCGCUUCUGGAUCCGUCCUCUAAACAGGCUGCAGAGCUCAGGCUGAGUGAGGCGGACCACAGACUCUGCAAGCACAGAGAGCUGCUGCAGAAGGACGAGACCCUCCUCAGACACCUGCUGCAGCAGGAGCUGAAGAAGGCGGAGUCUCUGAAGGCCACUGAAGCCAAGGUGGCCAAACUGAGAGAGCAGCUGCUGGCGUCUGAGAAGAUCCUGACGGCCAACAGGACGCUGCUGAGGAAGCUGCAGGAGCAGGUGCAGCGUGUCGAGCAGCGGGUGUCCCAGAAGAAGACUCUGGAGGUCCGGCUGGAGCAGGAACUGAACCAGGCUCAGCUGGCAGCCGGCAGGGGAAACAAACGGCUGAGGGAUUCGAGUCAGACCGCGCCCGGGAAGCUGCAGAGUGUGGUCGCGGCGCCUCGUGGCUCGGAGCGCCACUUCUCCGAGCUGAUCGCUGAGAAACGGCGGCUGCAGCAGCUGGAGUCCGAGUACGCCCUGAAGAUCCAGAAACUGAAGGAGGCCCAGGCCCGGUGCAACAAGGGCGUCCCUGCAGAACCCCCUGCCGAGCCCGCAGUACCGACCCCCAACCCGCCGCCGGACCCUAAGACCCCGCAGCUGCCCUCGGCCACGCCCUUCCACCUGCCCCAGCCCUCCCUGCACGACCUGUCCCAGGACAAGCUGGUUCUGGACAGCGAGGACGUCCCUGAAGCAGACGAUCCGGAACCAGAACCUUCGGCCGCUGCUGCAGCUCGAGGCGGCCGCCGUAACUCCCUCCGCCUGUCCAGCAGCUCCUUCACCAAACCCCACCUGGACACGCCCAGCUCCGCCCCCUCUAAAGACGACACCAAAGCAGCCAAGGCUGCGGGUGGCGAGGCGCUUCCUGUGGAGGUGUUUGCAGGGCUGGACGUGGAGGCUCUGAAGAGGAGGUACCAGCUGCAGGCCCGGCUGGGACAGCUGCUGCACACAGAGCUGCUCACACUGGGGGAGGACAUGAAGACCCCGCCCACUACGCAGGUGGUCCCGCUGGAGGUGGAGUCAACGAGCCAGCCGGUGGUCUCCGAGCUGAAACCGGUCCCCUUUGAGGUGUACCACAGUCCUCUGAGGGUCUUCAAGUCCUACAGGUUCAGUCCGUACUACAGAACCAAGGAGAGGAUGUCCCUCAGCUCCGUGACCUUCAGCAACGCCAUCGAGCCCAACAAGUGCUUCUGCCGCUUCGACCUGACGGGAACCUGCAACGACGACGGCUGCAGGUGGCAGCACAUGAGGAACUGCACUCUGAGCGGGAACCAGCUCUUCCAGGACAUCCUGUCCUACAACCUGCUUCUGAUUGGCUGCUCCGAGGCCAGGUCGGACCAGGAGGUGGGCACCGCCACAGAGGACACGUCCAGCAGCGGCUCGGUCCCCAUGGACGUGGUCACGUCAGAGGACAGGCGCUACUUCACCAGUGAGACGGACGACAUCUCCAACCUGGAGGCGAGCGUUCUGGAGAGUCCUGGAGACACGCAGCUGUGGAUCAAACUGGCCUUCAAGUACCUGAACCAAACUGGGAUCUCUGCGGCGGAGAGUCUGGAGGCGGCUCUGAACACGCUCUCUCGCUCUCUGGAGAGUAACUGUGACGACCCCGAGGUGUGGACCCACUACCUGUCGCUGUUCUCCCGCCGCGGCAGCAGGGAGGAGGUGCAGGAGAUGUGUGAGAUGGCCGUGGAGCAUGCUGCUGACCACCGUGUGUGGUGGAGCUACCUGAACCUGGAGAGCUCGUUCGAGGGGAAGGACUACGUGAGCGAGCGGCUGCUGCACUUCCUGCAGGCCGAGGCGGCGGCGGGUGUGACGGACAAGCUGUCCUUCCAGCUGAUGGAGGCGCUGCUCUACAGAGUCCAGCUCAGUCUGUUCACGGGCCGCAUGGAGACGGCGUUGGCCAUCUUACAGACGGCCUUAAAGUCGACUCAGGACCACAGCGUGGCGGACCACCUGACAGCCAGCGACCGGGCGCUGCUCUGGCUCUCCUACAUCCAUCUGACCGAGUUCGACCGCCUGCCGUCCAGCCUGUACGACCCGGCUGAGUCCGGCCCGGCCCGGCUGGUCAGCAGAGAGCCCUUCAUGCUGCCGUGGAGGACGGCGCAGGACAUCAGCACGCCACCCGACAUCCUGAUUGCUCUGUUCAAAGAUGCUGUCAGUCAGUGCAGCGAGGAGUUCGGCUCCGACGGAGAGAAGACGCUGGCCUGCAUGCCGCUGCACACCAACCUGCUGUUCCUCUACAGGCUGCUGCAGAGGUACGAUGAAGGUGUGGCUCUGUGCGAGGCCUUGCUGCAGUUCUGUCCUGACUCGUGCACCCUGCGUGACUCUCUGGCUGAGCUGCACAUCAGCAGAGGGAACUCUGAGCAGGCGGUCAACAUGUGGCUGCACGCUCUGGCUGAGUGUCCCCACAACGCUCAGGUGUUCUACCACUGCUGCAGGUUCCUCAUGGCACAGGACAAGUCGAGCGCCAUCCCUCCACUGUUCCGAGGGUUCAUCCUGUCUCUCUGUGAGGACGAGCGGAGUCAGAAGACACCUGUGGAUGUCCUUUGUCACAUCCUGGGUUUCCCCAGCAAGGAGCUGCUGGGCAGUCCUGUCAUCAGGAAGGAGCUGGAGGAGCAGCUUCGUCAGCAGAUGUCCUUCCUUCACCUGCUGCACUGCCGCUGGGUGUGGCUGCACGGCACCGUGGAGGAGGCGGUGGAGGCGUUUGAGCGAGCGCUGGGCUCCGUGCUGCAGCUGGAGGAGCUUCGCACGCUGUGGAUGGACUACCUGCUGUUCAGCUGCAGCCCGCAGGCCGGCACCGCCUCGCAGAGACUGUUCCCGGACCUGGUGCAGCGCUGCCUGAGCACGGUGCCGACCCGACUGGAGCUGCCCUUCAACCCGGCAGAGUUCUGGAGCUGCUACGACUUCCACAACAAGGUGGUCUCUCUCUACCUGAGGUUUGUUCUGAAGUCACAGCGAGCUCUGGUUCUGGAGAGACUUCGGAACGCAAUGCCGGCCAACAUUGAGCUGGGCCUCAGGUUGUUGCAGCAGGAGUUUGUGGAUGGAAACAUGGAGCAGCUGAAGUUCCAGACCCGCAUGCUGAGCAGCAACGCUCCCAGAUGUUUGUCCAGCUGGAGAAUAGCGAUUGCUACGGAGCGGGAGCUGAAGGAGCGAGGCCAGAUGAGACUUCUGUAUCAGCAAGCUCUGCAGAACCUGCCGCUGUGUGCCGCCCUGUGGAAAGAUUGGCUGCUGUUUGAGGCAGCAGAGGGCGGAGCCUCAGAGCGCUUGAGGCGACUGGUUGAUCGCUGUCAGCAGGUGGGGGUCAGCGUGAGUGUCGGGGGGGCCGAUCUGUGAUCAGACUGAUAGUAGAACUAAUCUGACUGAUUGACGAGGUAAGGCCACGCCCCCACCCCGCUUCCCCCGCCCCCUCCCACCGUGUCUGUAAGUAUCAGCUGCUGAGUGCCGCCUUUGCUCUUCAUCACCUUCUCUUUAGUUGCUUUCACCUUUCAGUUGGACUCAUUUCCCUCCCUUUUUAUUUCACCCACCUGAGACGAAGGGGGCGGAGCAACAAGCUCCACCCCUCAACCCUCCCUCCUCCCACCACACACUUUUUUUUAAAUGUUUGUCAGAAGAAAUCAGGACUUUUUUUUUUAAUCGAUCAGUAUUUGAUUGAGAAUCCGUGCGGAGCGCGGCCUGUUCAGUGUUUUCUGAUUGGCUGAGCGAGUGUGAGACGGACUGCCACGGAGACGGAGGACGCCGCCACGCUCAGCCGGACUGCUCAAGUGCAAUCUGUUGACACGACGACUAAAGAGACGCUCGUCACACUGCUGCUGUUUUUCUACGUGACAGAUGUUAAUAAAUUAUUUUAUAUGAAUAUGUAAA